CUUUUAUUUUGAAGUCGAACCGCAUAUUUCCCCGGUUGUUUGUUAUUGUAGCUAAUUUCACACAGGUGAGUUACAUUCAAUUCCUGCUGCGAGUCACAGGCACGCCUUUACAACUCGGGGCCACUUGUUUUCUGUAUGAGAAGUAGUGCUGCAGCAAGAUGCCAGGCAAGGCAGCAGACGCGUUCCAACCUGGGGACUUGGUCUUCGCCAAGAUGAGGGGCUUCCCCCAUUGGCCGGCCAGGAUCGCCCGGGGCGAGAGCUCUAAGAAGAAGGUUCCAGUGUUUUUCUUUGGAACUCACCAGACAGCAUCCAUACCCACUGAAAAUAUAGUGACCUACGUAGGGAACAAGGGAAGAUAUGGGAAAGGAGUGCGCAUUAGAGGUUUCACAGAGGGAAUGUGGGAGAUAGAGAACACUCCUAGAGUAUGCAGCAAACAGAAGGUGGUUGUUACCCCAGCUAAAAAAGAGCAAGCAGAAAAAAAGCCAGACCCGUCCAAGACAUCUGCACCGGCCAAAAUGUCCACCUCCCUUAAACAGGCCCCAAUAAAGGCCCCUAAAACACAAGCGAAGACUAUCAAGACGGUGGCAGUGACGGCCCUGGGAAACAAGGCUUUACCGGGAAACAAGGCUUUACCGGGAAACAAGGCUUUACCGGGAAACAAGGCUUUACCGGGAAACAAGGCUUUACCGGGAAACAAGGCUUUACCGGGAAACAAGGCUUUACCGGGAAACAAGGCUUUACCGGGAAACAAGGCUUUACCGGGAAACAAGGCUUUACCGGGAAACAGAAAAACAUCUGCCGAAGGCCGACAGAGGAACGACACGCCGGCCAACACAAGAGCUGAGAAAAGGAAAAAGAUCGGAAUGUAUUCUUCCCGGGACGAGCCUGUCCUAGGGCAGAAGACAGCCCCGGCCAGUUCAGCUGUAAUCCCACCAGCCAGCAAGAAGACUAGAUUGACGGAGGAGAAAAGCUUGUCCACUCCAAAGAGCGAGAAGACCACAGAGAGAAAGAAACAGGAGGAGAGUAGAGGGAGGAAGAGGAAAAAGGAUGAUGAGGGAGAGAAGAUGACAGAAGAGAGAAAGAAACAGGAGGAGAGAAGAGGGAGGAAGAGGAAAAAGGAUGAUGAGGGAGAGAAGAUAAAGGAAGUUGGUGUUGAAGAGGGAAAGAUUGAAGUCAGUAAGAUGAGGAAGGUGGAAAGUUUAGAAACAGACAAACAAGUAAUCCACAAGGAAGAGGUUAAGAAGGGGGAGGAGGAGGCUGGGGUAGCAGUGAAGGGGAACGAAGAGGAGGAGGCUGGGGUAGCAGUGAAGGGGAACGAAGAGGAGGCUGGGGUAGCAGUGAAGGGGAACGAAGAGGAGGAGGCUGGGGUAGCAGUGAAGGGGAACGAAGAGGAGGAGGCUGGGGUAGCAGUGAAGGGGAACGAAGAGGAGGAGGCUGGGGUAGCAGUGAAAGGGCACGAAGUGAAGGAGACCGAUACUGUCACAGAGAUCAGUCCUGGUCAGGAUGAAGAGCGUCUGCGGCGUCUGGCGGCCAGGAGAGAGAGUGUCCUGAAGUCUCUACAAGGACUUCUCACUCGAAGGAAGGGCCUGAGAAGACACAGCCUUAAACCUACACGGACACCGAAAAAUGGAGCUGAAGAGAAGAAGAGUAGAAAGACGGGCGGGCAGAAAAGGGACAGAAAAACAGCGAGUAAGACAACAGGCGGCAAGACGGCGGACAGGAAGAAAACAGAUGAGAAGGUGGAAAGUACGAAAACGGAAGUGAAAAAAUUGGAAGGCAAAAAAACUGAAUGUAAGAAACCAGAACAAAAGAUGGAGAAGAAAGUGGAGAGCAAGAAAUCAGCGGAGGCUAAGAAGUCCGACUCGAGCCGGGCGGAGGCUAAGAAGUCCGACUCGAGCCGGGCGGAGGCUAAGAAGUCCGACUCGAGCCGGGCGGAGGCUAAGAAGUCCGACUCGAGCCGGGCGGAGGCUAAGAAGUCCGACUCGAGCCGGGCGGAGGCUAAGAAGUCCGACUCGAGCCGGGCGGAGGCUAAGAAGUCCGACUCGAGCCGGGCGGAGGCUAAGAAGUCCGACUCGAGCCGGGCGGAGGCUAAGAAGUCCGACUCGAGCCGGGCGGAGGCUAAGAAGUCCGACUCGAGCCGGGCGGAGGCUAAGAAGUCCGACUCGAGCCGGGCGGAGGCUAAGAAGUCCGACUCGAGCCGGGCGGAGGCUAGCCGGGCGGAGGCUAAGAAGUCCGACUCGAGCCGGGCGGAGGCUAAGAAGUCCGACUCGAGCCGGGCGGAGGCUAAGAAGUCCGACUCGAGCCGGGCGGAGGCUAAGAAGUCCGACUCGAGCCGGGCGGAGGCUAAGAAGUCCGACUCGAGCCGGGCGGAGGCUAAGAAGUCCGACUCGAGCCGGGCGGAGGCCAAGAAGUCCGACUCGAGCCGGGCGGAGGCCAAGAAGUCCGACUCGAGCCGGGCGGAGGCCAAGAAGUCCGACUCGAGCCGGGCGGAGGCCAAGAAGUCCGACUCGAGCCGGGCGGAGGCCAAGAAGUCCGACUCGAGCCGGGCGGAGGCCAAGAAGUCCGACUCGAGCCGGGCGGAGGCCAAGAAGUCCGACUCGAGCCGGGCGGAGGCCAAGAAGUCCGACUCGAGCCGGGCGGAGGCCAAGAAGUCCGACUCGAGCCGGGCGGAGGCCAAGAAGUCCGACUCGAGCCGGGCGGAGGCCAAGAAGUCCGACUCGACGCCGGCGGAGGCUACGAAGUCCGAAGUCAAGAAACUGGAGACAGAAAAGGUAGAGAGACGACAGGAGGAGGAGCCUAAAUCACCUCAGAGAGGUGUACCAGGGGACGGCCAGAAAACAGACAGCGUGUCUAAGCUACAUGCCACUAAAGAGUCUUUCAGUCUGACGGACUCUACCCUGCACCGUAUCCACGGAGACAUACGCAUCUCUCUGAAGACGGACAACCCUGACAUUAGUAAGUGUCUGACAGCGCUGGACCAACUCAGUAUGGUCUAUGUAACAUCACAACACGUCCAGAGACACAGUGAACUCAUCACUACGCUCAGAAAGAUGCGUCGUUUCCGCAGUAACCAGGACGUGAUGGACAAGGCAUCGAUGCUCUACAACCGCUUCAAGAACGCAUUCCUAUUGGUUAACGACAAGGAUAACGUCAUCAGCCCCGAGUUCCUCCGCUCGCUCCUGGAGGAGAAAGAGAGGGAGGAGGAGGAGAGGGUGGAGAGAUGGAGGGAGAAACAGAAGAGGAGGGGAGAGGUGCUGCAGGAGGUUCGCAGGAGGAUGAGUCAACUGGAGGAGAGGAGGGGAGGAGAGAAGGGGGUUGUGCCAGAGGAGGUGCCAGAGGAGGUGCCAGAGGGUGGGAGCUCCGAACUCCAAUAGCCUCAUCCUGAGCUCCACUGUGAGAAACGGAGCAGGGUGAAGUUGCCCCUAGACUCUUGGUGCAGGUUACAAUUUUCGACCACCAAUGGUUGAAGGUUAGUAUUUGGGGAGGGAAACUGAUUCUAGAUCUGUACCUGGGGGGGUGACAGAACAAUGGAACAUACAGAACAAUGGAACAUACAGAACAAUGGAACAUACAGAACAAUGGAACAUACAGAACAAUGGAACAUACAGAACAAUGGAACAUACAGAACAAUGGAACAUACAGAACAAUGGAACAUACCAACUCAGAAUCAGAGGGGGUGAACACGGAACAUACCAGCUGUCCAACUGGGGUUAUGAUACUCCCUCUCUUGUCCAAUCAGAGUAUUUGGACAACCUCCUCACCCAUAUUCAUUGGUAUCAUAUUCAUUGGUGCACACGGUUUCAAAAACAUUGCAGACUUUUUGCAAUGGAAAAGGACGAGUUUUUUUUAUUUAUUUUUUUAUUGUAUUUUUUUAUUGGACAAGUUCAGGGUGUUAGAUCUUCUAGUGAAUAGGGGUGUUUUCCUAAAGACAGACUCACCUGGGGAGUGUGUUAUGUCUCCUUUCCCUGAGGAUGAGAGGAGAGAAGGCCCUACUUAUAGGAUGUAGAAACCAGGGAACAGUUCAGUCUACACAUGUUUUUACUUUCCUGAUGAUUAUUGUUUAUUUUUUUAUAUAUACACCUUGUAUGUUCUCUUAAAUACUAUACUUAAUGUUGUUGUAUAGUUUUUAACGGUGAUGUAUAGACGACAUUCUACUUGGCUUGUACUCCUUGUCCUGCAGUAAGUAGCCGAGUUGGUUAUUGCUUUAGGCCAGAUGGCUAGUUGCCAAAAGCAGGUCUGGUUGCAUUACCCUUCAGGUAUCUCCUUCAAUAGCCAUCACUGCUCAUGGUUGUAACCCCCCCCCCAGGGCCAGACAGUAGCACACUGCUCAUGUUU